AUGAAUUAAGAGAUUUCAAAAGAAAUAUUAGCACUUUCAAUUCAUGUUGCAGCAGCAGCAUCUUCAAUUACAAUACAAACUCAAUAGAGAAUGACUUUAGUAACAAACAGUGUAUUAGAGACUGUAAGUCAAACAAUGAAGAUAUUAAAUUGUUUAAUGAUGUGCUCUUAGAAAUAAUCACAUUUAGAAGCAGUAACAGAGGAACAAGAAGAUGAAUGUUAGAAGGAUUCAAAAACAAAGGAAUGUUUGGUUGAAUAAUUCUAAAAGACUAUUUAGACUGAUUGUUGUAAUGUUGAAGUGAUGGAAAAUUAAAAGUCAAAAGAAAAUUCUAAUAAGAAUAUGAACAUGAAAUCAUCAAGUGAAUUGAGAGAAUAGAGCAUAUUGAAAUCUCAUAAUAUUUUAUCUGAAGAAUAUCCAAAAUGCUAUGUAAAUGCAAUAGAAAAUAGCACUCCAAAAUAGAUAAGAAAACCAUCUUUAUUGUAAUAACAACUCUCUUAGAUAAAAGUAGAUAAAUAGAAAGAAGCAGAGGAAUAAAGAGAGUUAUUGAAAUUAAUAGAAUCAGUAGAUCCUGAAGAAUUAAUUCCUAAAUUGAAAUCUAUAGAGGUUUAUGAUGAAUAAAAAUAAUCUUCAAGUCAUAAAGAUGUAUUAGUAUUUUCAGAUAAACAACAGAUAGUAAUUAAUGAAUAAGAUGAAGAAUAAUAACUUAUGGAUUCUCCAAAUAAAUCAGAAUGGUAUGAGAGUUCUUCAGUUGAAUAUAGAGCAACUUCUUAUAAUACAAAUGAAUCUUCAAAUUUGGAUCAUCAUUCUUAUAAAUGGAGAAGUAGUAGUUUUAGAGAUGAUAAUAUAAUAUAAGAGUGUGGAUUUCAAUUUUAAUCUUCAGUAUUUGAUUUUCCAUUUCCUGAAGAUUUCUGUGCUAAUAGUUAAAACAUUCAUACAAACAUAUAAAAUAUUGAAAAUAAAAAUUAGCAUACGCCUAAAAAAAAGAGACUUUAUUGUAAUAAUAAGAAGGUUCCUCAUUGGGCAGAAAACUUAGAAGUAAUGAAAUAAUAUAGUAUAUAAUUAGAAAGUAUCGCAGCAUUAAUUUUAGUAAUAAAACUUAUCAUAGAAUUAAAUAUUUGGAAGAAUGAAAUAAAGGGUUUUAGAUAUUGCUAAAUAGUUUUCAUAGAAUAGAUUUAACAGGAGAGGUAGUUCUGCUCAUUGGCAUAUAUCUAAUGAAAAAUAUGAAUAAAUGUAAAAGUAAAUGAUGAAAUUGCAAUAAAUAUAAGAUGAAAAUAUCGUUAAGUUAAAAUAGCAUUAAUAAGAUGUAAGAUAUGUGAUCUAAUAAUUUCUAGUCAGUUAAAAAGAAUUAAGGGAUAUAUGCUAAAACAUAAUACUUUUUAACUAGUAUCAAAAAAAAGAUUCUAAAUUCUUUUGAAAAAGAAUCUAAAUACAAAAAAGUUUGA